AUGUCCCAAAUCCCCAUCAUAGUCGGCGUAGGCGACUUCGUCAACCGCUCCACAUCCCUCGCCGACGGCCACGAACCACUAACACUCAUGCUCAACGCCAUCUCCACCGCGCUAAGCGACACCGGUCUACCAGACGACAAACGCCAACAACUCCAAUCCGCCAUCGACAGCAUCGAUGUCGUCCGCACAUGGACCUGGCCCUACGACGAUCUACCAGGGGACAUCUCUCGAAAAUUAGGCGUCAAUGCACGACACCAGUUCUACAGCGAGCACGGCGGGAACAAGCCGGCCAAACUUUUCGACCAGGCCGCACGGAGGAUCUCGCAGGGCGAAACCAAAGUCGCCGUCAUCACGGGCGGCGAGGCGCUGGCAUCUCUGUCAGCAUUUGCGGCGGCCAAGAAGUUACCGCCGCCAGGCUGGACAAGGACAAAGGAGAGCGUCAACUCGGUCUUCUCACCCACGGGUCGAGAUCUGGGCAAGGACAUUGGCGCCGUGCACUCGAUCGGUGCCCCGAUCCACGUGUACCCGCUGUUUGAGAACGGGUUCCGCGCGAACCGCGGGCAAUCCAUCGCCGAGAACCACGAGGAGUCGGCCCAGCUGUACGCUGAAUUUGCCAAAGUCGCGGAAAAGCAGCCCUACGCGUGGAACUACGGCAAGCCGGCCGCGAGCAAGGAGGUGAUCGGCACGGUCACAAAGAGGAACAGGAUGAUUUGUUUUCCUUAUCCGCUGCUGAUGAACGCCUUCAACACAAUCAACCUCGCCGGCGCGUGUGUGCUGACUUCAGUGGCGCACGCGGAGGAACUGGGCGUUCCAAGAACAAAAUGGAUAUAUGCCCUCGGCGGUGCCGGCACGCAGGACAGCGACAACUUCUGGGAACGUCCGAACUAUCAUUCCAGCCCGUCCAUCUCACGCUCCAUCGACGCCGGCCUGCACGUAUCCGGCUUGACAAAGGAAGAUAUCGACCUAUACGACUUUUACUCGUGUUUCCCAAUCGUCCCCAAAAUCGCGGCCCAUCAUCUCAACCUCCCAAUCACGCGCGGGCCAAAACCACUCACCAUCCUCGGCGGGCUGACCAGCUUCGGCGGCGCCGGGAACAAUUACUCCAUGCAUGCCAUCACCGAAAUGACCCGCCUCCUCCGCGCCGGCCACGGCCGCCACGGCCUCGUCCUCGCCAACGGCGGCGUCAUGACCUACCAGCACGUCCUCUGCCUGUCGACCAUGCGGCGGAAAGCCGGACUGCCGUACCCGCAAGCAGAUCCCCUGCCCGCGUAUGUGACGGGGUUGUCUGUGCCGAAGGUGGUGGCGCGCGUCGAGGUGGAAGGGAAUGGCGAAACCGAGGCCGUCGUCGAAACGUAUACCGUGGAGUUCAACCGCGAUGGCGCGCCCCUGCGGGCGUAUAUUGUGGGCCGGUUGAAGGGGAACGGUUAUCGGUUUGUCGCCAACCACGGCGAUGAGGAGACGUUGAGGCAGUUUUCGGCCUGGGAAGGGGAGAAGAUCGGGCGCGCAGGGCGGGUAAGAAAUGAUGGGACGAGGAAUCUCUUCGUUUUGAAGAAAGAGCGAGAGGGGCUGGGUAAGUUGUAG